AGGUCUGCAGUUCCUCAUGUCUAAAACAACGCAGUUCACUACUGCCAUGCUCAUAAAAGGACAUUGAGGUGGUGAAAGAUCUACUAUAAUCUUUCUCAAAUCAGUUUGGAUAGUAUCAUUUAAAAAGGGGUUAAGAAUGAAUUUAAGUGUCCUAAUCCUGAUUGUUUUGGGGCCAAUUUUGCCUGUUAAGAGCGGACGCCACUCACUGGAGUAUGUCUACACCGCCCUCUCCAAGCCCAUUCAUCAACAUGGUAUCCAUGAGUUCACCGCCAUGGGCCUACUGAACGACUGGAUGAUCGACUACUAUGACAACGAUCUUCAGAAGAAGGUUCCCAAGCAGGACUGGAUGAAGGAGAAACUGGAUGAAGACUACUGGGACAAAGGCACUCAGUCACGCAAGUUCAAGGAGCAGUGGUUCAAAGUCAACAUUGGCAUCCUGAUGGACCGCAUGCGUCAGAAUGACUCUGAUGUCCAUAGUCUUCAGUGGAGGCAUGGCUGUGAGGUUGAGGAGGAGCAGGGUUCUGUGAGAUUCAUCAAGGGCUUUGACCAGUACAGCUACGAUGGAGACGACUUCCUGGCCUUCGAUGACACCUCUACACAGUGGAUCGCCCCUAAUGCUGCUGCUGUACCAACCAAGAGGAAGUGGGAUGGAGAGCAGAUCCUGAACCAGUACACCAAGGGUUACCUGGAGAAGGAGUGUGUUGACUGGCUGAAUAAAUUCAGGGGUUAUGGCCAGAAAUCCCUUGUUGAAGCAAAGCCUCCAGUUGUACAUGUGUAUGCAAAAAAGGCCAACACCGUGGGGAAUGUCAAACUCACCUGCUGGGCCACUGGAUUCCUGCCUAAAGACAUCAUCCUGAACAUCAGGAAGAAUGAGCUGGUCAUCUCUGAUGGCGUGAAGUCUUCAGGAGUCCGCCCCAAUGAUGGCAACACACACCAGAUAUGGAAACGUGUUGAGAUCUUAGAGAAUCACCAAGGAAGUUACGACUGCUACGUUGAACAUGUGUCUUUGAAAAAACCUGUUAUCAAUAAAUGGGAUAAUGUGUGCUGUGAUUGCUCUGGCUUUGGGAUCGAUCUUAAAGUUGGAGUUGCCAUUUCUGUGGUCUUUGUUGCUUUGGUGAUCCUGUUAGUCCUUUACAAAAAAGCCAAAAUCUGUGCAAAGACAGAAGGCAGCAACAGUUCUGAUCCUGUUUUGAAGCCCAUCUACUCUCCACCAGGGGGUGCAGCUGCCCCCUCUACCCUCCCACCUACCUCGAACUUGGUUCCAAAAAAUAAAUAAGGCAGUCACAACAGUUCUGAUUCUGAUAGUUUAUUCAUUUAGAAAUGACAUCAUGUCAAAAAAAAAGCCUCACUUCUGCUUCACUUCAGUUUUUCACCUGAGUGAAAUCUUGGGGUUUUGACUCUUGUUUCUGCUGUAUUUUUCGGGAAACUCUUUAAACAAUUUUCCCUCUUUUAAAAUGUUACAUCUUGGAAAUACUGGGGAUUAAGAAAACUGGAGGUUUCUGUAUGAGAUGAACACACUGCUCUGUCCACAAUGUUGAGGAUGUUCUCUUUCUAGAAAAUAUAAGGCAAAGCGUUGCAGCUCCAGGGUUUUGUGAAAAGAUUUUUACAUUAGUAUACCUAUUUUUAUAUUGCUGUUCAAAAGGUUUUAUGCUCAUAGCACUGUACUGGAUUGUUACCGUAUGUUAUUGUUUUUAACUGUAUGAUAAGUGUUUACUUCACAUGAAAGGGAUUUUGUUUAGUUGUGUUGUUUUCAGAAAUACUUGAAGUUUGAGAUGCUUUAAAUUAAAUCAAAUGAAUAAAACUGAAACUUGUAAACGUUAA